AUGGCACAUGCUCGUAUCUCAGCCAACCUCCCUCCUGAUAUAGAUCCCACGAAAGCUCCUAUUGCAUUUGGAAAGAGGGCCCUCCCUAAAUUGAAUGAGGACCUACACUCUCCUGAACUGCUGACUCAGCAGCGGGCAUUGAUGGCGCUCUGUGAUCUGGUUCAUGACCCACAUAAUGUUAACCAGGCAAUAAAAAUAGGAUUAUUGGCUAGCCUGAAGACUUUGCUGCUACAUAAUGACAGUACUGUCCGACAAAAAACAACAGAGAUCCUCUAUAUAAUGGCAAUGCAUAGCAUUGGCAGGCAAGGGUUGAUAGAAAAUGGAGUGAUUCCUGCCCUCACUGAGCUCUUGGAUGAUCCAGUAAAUAUCUGUCGGAAGAACACACAUCAGAUUUUUGAAAUGAUGGCAAAAUUACCUAAAGGGGCUGCUGACAUCCUGCAUGCCGGAUUGAUUCCCUUACUUGUAUGCAAAUUGAAGACUGAGUUGGAUGAAAUCCAGGAGCUAAUCCUUGAUACACUCUCCAGCUGUCUAUGUGUGGAGGUUUCUGAAGCUCUGGCAACUGAUGCCAUUACUAUCCUCAAGGAAAAGCUCACGCACUCAUCAGCAGCCAUCAAAAGCAAAGCAGCUCGAGUCCUGUUAGAAAUUGGAACCCACCCAGAGGGAAAGGCCGUGGUGUGCGAAGACAUUAUCCCUGUGCUGGUGAGCCUGUUGGAAGACACAGACCCUGAAGUCCAAGCGAGUGCAACAGGAGCACUAAUGUUUGCUACCAUCAGACCUCAAGGCAGAUUCUCAGCCCUGGGUGCUGAAGCCAUUCCACCUUUACUGAAGUUGGUUGCUGAGGAAACCAGCAAAUCCCGUCUGAGUGCAAUCAAAACCCUCACCAUGCUGGCUGAGGUACCAGAGGGCCGCAGGACACUCCUGCAUCAUACAGACACAUUUCAACAGUGUCUAAAUGACCCCUCUGAGGCAGUGAAAAGAGCUGCCAAAAUUGCCAUCGCUGUCAUCAAAUGGAAACCUUGCUGA